AUGAAGGGCGAGGGCGUGGAGGCUGCAGCGGAUCUCGGUGGGAGUGUCCUCACCGGAAUCAAUGGAAACCCGUUAGGGGUUUUAGCUAGGCAACUGGGUUUGCCUCUUCAUAAGGUGAGGGACAUUUGCCCGCUCUAUUUACCAGAUGGGAAAUCAGUGAAUUCUGAAAUUGAUUCUAGGAUAGAGGCUUCUUUUAAUAAGUUGUUAGAUAGAGUGUGUAAGCUAAGGCACGCAAUGAUCGAGGAAGUUAAGUCCGUAGAUGUUUCCUUAGGGACUGCACUUGAAGCUUUUCGACGUGCUUAUAGUGUUGCCCAAGACCCGCAGGAGCGUAUGCUCUUGGAUUGGCAUCUGGCUAACUUGGAAUAUGCAAAUGCUUCCUUAAUGUCCAAUUUGUCCAUGGCAUAUUGGGAUCAGGAUGAUCCCUAUGAGAUGGGUGGUGACCAUUGUUUUAUUCCGGGAGGCAAUGAGACCUUUGUGCGAUCCCUUUCAGAGGGCCUUCCAAUCUUCUAUGAAAGGACUGUGCAAAGUAUUAGGUACGGCUCUGAUGGGGUUUUGGUUUACGCAAAUGGUCAGGAGUUUCGAGGGGACAUGGUUCUUUGCACAGUCCCAUUAGGUGUGCUUAAGAAGGGUUCCAUUGAAUUUGUCCCAGAGCUUCCACAAAGGAAGAAAGAUGCAAUUCAGAGUUUAGGAUUCGGAUUAUUGAAUAAGGUUGCCAUACUAUUCCCUUAUAAUUUUUGGGGUGGAGAUAUUGAUACUUUUGGGCAUUUGACUGAGGAUCCGAGUAUGAGAGGUGAGUUCUUUCUGUUUUAUAGCUACUCUUCUGUAUCAGGAGGGCCUCUUCUGGUUGCUCUUGUUGCUGGAGAUGCUGCCAUUAAGUUUGAGUUGAUGUCUCCUGUGGAGUCUGUGAAUAGGGUGUUGGAGAUAUUAAGGGGUAUUUUCAACCCGAAAGGGAUUGCUGUUCCAGACCCUAUUCAGGCAGUGUGCACUAGGUGGGGGAAGGAUGCCUUUGCAUAUGGUUCUUAUUCGUAUGUUGCGGUAGGGUCUUCAGGAGAUGAUUAUGAUAUUCUUGCAGAGAGCAUUGGGGAUGGGAGAGUGUUCUUUGCCGGAGAGGCCACUAACAAGCAGUAUCCAGCAACAAUGCAUGGAGCCUUACUCAGUGGAAUGAGAGAGGCUGCUAAUAUACUGAGAGUGGCGAAAAGGAGGUCAAUUAUCCCAUCAGAAAAAUUAAACAAUGUUUAUGGGGGGGAAAGCGACAAUUUGAAUCAAUUAUUUGACACCCCUGACCUAAAGUUUGGGAACUUCUCUGUUUUGUUUGAUCCCAGGUCAAAUGAGGUUGAUUCUAGUAACUCACUAUUGAGGGUGAAAUUUGGAGGGAAAUAUUUGGACGAUGGAUGUCUCAGUCUCUGUCUGUAUGGCUUAAUUUCAAGGAAUCAAGCCAUUAAGCUGAGUGAGGAAGAAGGUGAAGAGAACAGGAUGAGAAUGUUAAAUCAGGAAUUUGGGGUGAGGUUGGUUGGGAGGAAAGGUUUAAGUGGUGCCGGGGAAUCUCUAAUCACCAACAUUAGAUCAGCAAAAUCCAACCUAGAAGAUGGAAGAAUUCAAAGAUGA